AGAAAUUAAUUUUCAUUUUGAUUAUCAUUGAAUCGGUGGAAAAUUAAUUAGAGAAAAGAAAAUUAAUUGAUUCAAUUUUUUUCCUUGCUAAUCAAUGAAAAAGAUCUGAAAGAAUUUCUGUCCACUGGUUUAGUUUCUCUUCUACUGUUAUUCUGAUUUUCUUUUCUCUUUCUUUCUCUUUCUCUUUCUAUCAUCACCAUUUUCACUCUCACUUUGAGUCUCUCUCAAUCUCUUUCCACUCCUUGUGUUUGUCUCAUGAUAAUUUCUUAAAUUGUCUUUAAUCACGCUACUUAUCAGAUUGUCUUUAUAACCAAAUCAAUGACGAUCAUCACACUAACUAACUGGUGAAUUGUCGUUUGUUUUGUUUCUUUGGUUUCUCUGUCUCCGUGUUUGUAAUUUCAAUUAUUUUGAUCAACAAAAAAAUUCUAUUCUCUUUUUGUUUCUAUUGGUAUAAUUUCGUAAUUUAUUGAUUGUCACCCUCAUGCUCUCCAAAGCAGCUAUUGGAACCGUUAACCGGAUCUUCUCAUCUUUAAUCUUCUUCUUAUGUCUCUAUCGAAGCCAUCAGUAUAUUCCAUCAGGUUAUGGACCAAUUAAUUUCUUAACACUUUGGAAUAUUUCAGCGGCAUUAUUAUUCUAUGCUAUGUCACUACUUUGCCAUUUUCUACCCUACCUGAGGAGUGGACGUGAACAAAAUUUAAUCCGUGAUUUAAUUUACUUUGGCAUAAUAUUUCCCAUUGGAACAACGGUUUUUUCAUUUUUUUGGGGUCUCACCUUUCUCAAUCCAACCUUUAUCCUUAGCGAUGCAGUGAGAUUACCCGGUUGGGCAAAUCAUGCCAUGCACACAUGGAUAUUACCUGCAGCAAUAAUUGAAGGAAUAUGUUUCUACCAUUCCAAACCAUCUUCAUCACAGGGUCGUGCUCUCACUGUUUCCUUUUUAGCAGCUUAUUGUGGUUUCACUUUGGUCAUGGGUUUAGUUUUUAACAAGUGGCCUUAUCCGUUUCUCCUAAAGUUGACCAUUCCCUACAGACUAUUAUUCGCCAUCAUUCCUAUGAGCUGUUCCCUACUCUUUUAUACUCUUGGUGAAAAAUUGAAUUCCUUAUUUUGGAAGCCAGUGAAAAUUCAGACAAGUUGAAAAUCUUGCGAAAAACAAUCUAUUCUCAUAGAGUUUCUUUAUGUCCACAUUCAAAUACAUACAAACAAACAAAAAACACCCACAUCCAAAUACACACACACUCACAACCCAAAAGAUUUUGAUACACAUACAAAUUAAGUGAAAAUUGGCCACCGGUUAAAUGUUUUAAUUGGAAGGACAUUUCCCCUCAAGUCACAGCUAAUUUUCAUCUACAAGUCUGAUGGAUCCAUUUUUUUUUCUCCAACAAAAAUGAUCACUUCAAAUACUAAGCUUUAGUUACCUAUGUUAACUCUGUCCUUUUCACCUUUCACCCUGUUUACCUUUACCUUUUUCCUCCCGAUUCUCAUCUUAAACUCUUUCCCUUCGUUCGUUGGCUUACAUUUUAGUUACAACUUUCGUUGCGCAUAAAAAAAAUUUGUACAUAUUGCUCAAUAAUUAAGUUUGGUGAAGGUUAAAUUAUGUUAAAUGGUGUUAGCCCGAUGAUCACUAUGGAAAAUCUUUGAGAUUUAUUGAAAGUGAUCAACAACAAAACGAAACGUUCAAAAAGCGGAAUCUUCACAUUUUCAUCUUAAAACAAAACCAAUUGCUCACACAAAGAUAACCCAACAUAGUUUAUCCUUCCAACUAACAAUUAACUUCAUCAUUAAUGUUAAUCCGCUUGGACGAUUGACCACCAAUGUUAAUGAUAUUCCAUUCAAUCAAAUUGAUCAAUAUCAUCAUCAAUUUGUCGCCACUAAUCAACUAACAGUGAUGUGUGUGUUUCAUUAGCCACUGUCAGAACUUUUCUCAAGCCCAUCGUCAUCCUGAUUACCAGCCAUCUAAUAGUAAUGGAGAAAGAAAGAGAAUCACCUUUAUUGGAAUCACCUCGAUCAUAGCAACAAUUUACAUAGAUAAACUAAAAGAAGACAAAAAAAAAUAUCCAUCAUUAAUUGAUAAUAUUCAAGGACCCACUCACUCAUUAAAUAACAUCAACAGCAAACAAGCAACAACAAGGAAACUUUUUGUUUUAUUUCUCAUCUUGGUUACCAAAGUCAUCAUGGAGACACAGCAACAAUAAUAGCAACAAAUCAACAAAUAGUCAUUCUAACAAUUUAUUUACAACUAAUUAUAUAAUUAGUCCCAAUAAUUUAGCUCCUUCUUGAUUGUUUUUUUUCUGUGAUAAUCUCAGUUAAUUGUUUGUUUCUUUUCGAUUAACGAUUAGUCUAACUGACUUAAUAAUCAGAAAAAGAAACCAACGAAAUUGAUGUUUACAGAAAAAAAAGAAACAGUGAUCUUCAGAUUAAUUGUAAUUUAAUUCUAAUGUUAUAAUUAAUUUAUCUUCUUUCUACUUGUUCACCUUAAUUUCCUUCCUUUCUCAUCAACCCAAGCCCUCUCUCCAUCAAAAGACAUCUAAAUUGUUGAAAGAUUGUCUUUUCCACCCUAACACAAUUAACAUUCAUCUCUCCUGUUCAUUUGUAGCUAUUACAAUUAACCAGCAAAGUCGCAAUCGACAUCUCUUUUUUUUUGUACCUACUUCACUUCUAUUUGAUUAUUAUAUUGAUUACACUUUGAUUGUUGACGAAAAAACUGGCAACAAUUAACUCACUGAUCAUCUAAAAAAUUGUAAUGGAAAACAAAAUGGUGAACAAUUAAUCUUGUUCACUUAUUCAACUCCAGAAAAAAGUUUUUGUUUUCUAAUUGUUCAAUUUACUGUUUUAUAAUUUAAAUACACGACUGAAUGCAAAAGAAACGAUUAAUUAAUUAGAAAAAUGAUAACAAUUAAUAUGAAAUUAAUUAUCUUCUUUUGUUUUAGAGAAAAACAAAAACCAAAUUGUAAAAUUAAAUUAACUCAAAAAUCACAACAAUCAUAA